CUCGGCACGCGUAGUCGGAUCGCCUCAGAAGCCGCCAUGACGGUCCCGGCGGAGGUGCUGGCCCGGGCGGAGCGGGACGAGGCGGAGAAGCGGCGGCGGCUGACGGUGCCCAAGGAGCUGGAGCUGGAGUUCGACCUGGGCCACCUGCUCGCCACCGACCGCAACUGCACGGCCGCCCUAAAGCGGCGGGCCGGGCCGGGGCUGGAGCCGGGCCUGCGGGCCCUGGCCCGGGACAACACCCAGCUCCUCGUCAACCGGCUGUGGCGGCUGCCGGCGACGCGGGUGGAGGAGGCGGUGGUGGUGCGGCUGCCCGAGCCCGCCACCCGCCUGCCCCGGGAGAAGCCGCCGCCCAAGGCGCGGCCGCCCACCCGCUGGCAGCAGUUCGCCCGCCUCAAGGGCAUCCGCGCCCGCAAGAGGCCCGGCCUGGUGUGGGACGAGGCCCGGCGGGAGUGGCGGCGUCGCUGGGGCUACCGCCGGGCCGGGGACCCCACCGAGGACUGGCUCAUCGAGGUGCCCGACCACGCCGACCCUUUGCAGGACCAGUUCGCCGAGAGGGCCCGCGCCAAGAAGGAGCGGGUGGCCCGGAACGAGCUCAACCGGCUGCGCAACAUCGCCCGGGCCCACAACGUCCCCCUGCCCGGCCCGGGGGGGCUGCGACCCACCGGACACCAGGACCGGGACGAGCUGGGCCGGGCCGAGCGGGUGGCCAAGCGAUCCACCGCCUCCGUCGGACGCUUCCAGGAGCGGCUGCCCAAGGAGAAAGCCCCGAGGGCUUCCGGGAGGAGGAGGCGUUUCCGGCCGCUCCUCGGCGACCUGGCGGCCGAGAGGAAGGCCCAGAUGGACGUGCUCCGCCUCCUGGGCAGCAAGAAGCCCAGGCUGGACGUCGCCCGAGCCGCCAACAAGCAGAUGCGGGAGGAGGACCGGGAGGAGGCGGCGGCCAAGAGGAGGAAGAUGGGACCGAGGGGCAAGCGCAAGGGUGGGCGGCCCGGGACCGGGCCCGGGACCGGCAAGCGCCGGGGGGCCCCCCCGGGGGGCAAGAAGAAGAAGGGAGGGAAGCGGAGGAAGUGACCCCCGCUGGACCUGCACCGGAACGGGACGAUGGUACGGCUUGGCCCCCCCCGGUGCGACCGUUUCUCGCAGAACGCGCCCGCUGACUGAGUAGAACACGGCCGAAGAAAGGGCCGCCCCACCCCAGUGGGAGUUGAGCUCGGAGGGAACAUCUCUUAAGGCUGAGCGGCUUGUUGAGAACACCCCUUAAG